GACAUGGCCAAGUCCAAGAAACACACCACACACAACCAGUCCUGCAAAUGGCACAGAAACGGCAUCAAGAAACCCAAGUCACAACGAUUCGAAUCUCUUAAGGGGGUUGACCGCAGGUUUGUGAGGAAGAUGCGCUUUGCCAAGAAGCACAAGAAAAGCCUGCAGAAGAUGCCAGUUAACAAUGCAAAGGCAGUGAGUGCAUGCACAGACGCCAUUGAGGCUCUUGUGAAACCGAUGGCGGUCCAAUCCCAAGAUGCCAAAGGGCCCCAGCCUCAAACUCAGCAUCUGGCUUUCAUCACUCACCGCAAGCUUAGGAAGCAGAUUCAAAGCUACAUGGCUAAGGGUCGUAGGCUCUGCCAACCAAAGCCCAAGGCAGAGGCUGCAGCUCCAGCUUAA